AUGUCCGACAUUCGACCUGAGAGUCAGGUCCAGCCAUCAUUGAUUCCUCCGUUAGAUACAUUGUUCUUCAAUCCUAGUCUAAUGGAACUGGAGUUCCUGCAUGAAGCUGUGUCAGCGGACGAUGGUGAGAUGCGCAAGAGGAUUCUGGAAGUGCAAAAAGAUGCGAAAUACCCGUACCCUUGCAUCCUCGGUUUCCACCAUGUUGCCCUCAUGAUGUCUGGAAACCCGAUCUAUCCAGCUGUGCUGAAGAGCGGGAAGAGAGGCGACACAGUAUUCCUCGACCUCGGAUGCUGCAUGGGCACUGACGUGCGCAAGCUCGUGCACGAUGGGUACCCCGCUGCAUCCGUCCUCGGAUGCGACCUGCGGCAAGAGUACAUCGACCUCGGGUACAAGCUAUAUCGUGAUCAGGAAUCCUCGAGCAUUCGCUUCUUCACGUCCGACAUAUUUGACGUCCCGCUGUCCUUCACGCAGCCAGCUACAAGAUUGGAGGGCCUCGCCGGCACGAAGAUCGCGUCGCUUUCCCAGCUGAUCGGCUCCCUCACGCACAUCUACAUUGGAGCGGUCUUCCAUCUCUUUGACGAAGCCACGCAGUACGCGAUCGCUUUGCGGCUAGCAACGCUGCUGAAGCGCGAACGCGGAGCCGUCAUUUUUGGGAGGCAUCGAGGGCUGGAACAGGAGGGCAUGAUAGACGAUCACUUAGGCCGGACGCGUUAUGGACAUUCGGAGCGGUCCUGGCCAGUUCUCUGGAAGAAGGUCUUCACCGAAGCAGAGAGCGCUGAGUUCGCUGAGCGGCGGGUCAAGGUAGAAGCCAAGCUGUCGGAAAUAUUCUGGCAGCAUGUCUUUGGGAAGGGACGAUGA